ACCACUCCAUUCAAAACCAUUUCAGUAAGACUGCAGGCGGCAACAUCCUCAAGAUCACCACGCACAUUAAAGCAAACUCCAGAAUCUAAAAUCUGUGGGUCUCACUGGGGUCUCCAGAACAAGCCCAGCUGUCUGCUCAGGAAAAAGGAACCAUUAGCGUGAAUGAAAUUAAUCCAAGGAGCUUCCAAGUUCAUAAGGACAAAGGAAGGUAAAGCUAAGACCAAGCAAGGACAUUUUAGCACUGCAAGCAAAUAUACAUAUAAGAGUCUGGAGGGGGUCUGAUACUCAGUCAUCAAUGGCUAGAAUCCCAGCCUCUGUAGCACUAGCCAUGUGCCUGACUUGCUUUUUCUCAGGUGUCUGUGGUCAGACACCAAGAAACUUCAAGGACAGUACUGUACCAUUUGAGGUUCUUGGCCAGGAGCAGGCCUACGGUCUUGUUCAGUCAAGAUUAUUACAGGAUGCUACAGUCCCCUCCAACCAGUCAGAUGACUUUCCUGGGAAUGCCCAGCCACAGCCAGCACUGCCUCCUAUGUGUGUAAAGCCUGCUGAAAUCAGACACAUCUUCAAGUACAUCAAUACCAUUGUGUCCUGUACCAUCUUUAUGGUGGGCAUCAUUGGGAACUCUACGCUGCUGAGGAUCAUUUACAAGAACAAAUGCAUGAGAAAUGGACCUAAUGUCCUCAUUGCUAGCUUGGCCUUGGGGGACCUUCUCUACAUCCUUAUAGCUCUUCCAAUCAAUGUAUACAAGCUCCUGGCAGAAGACUGGCCAUUUGGAGUGCAAGUGUGCAAGCUGGUCCCAUUCAUUCAGAAGGCCUCUGUGGGCAUCACUGUCCUCAGUCUCUGUGCACUCAGCAUAGACAGGUAUAGAGCGGUGGCCUCUUGGAGCCGAAUCCAAGGGAUAGGAAUCCCCAUGUGGAAGGCAGUCGAGGUGAUGCUGAUCUGGGCUGUGGCUAUUGUUCUGGCUGUCCCUGAAGCCAUUGCCUUUGACAUGGUGGAGCUGAACUACCGUGAGCAGAUUCUCUGGGUCUGCAUGCUGUCCUCUGAACAGAAGUCCAGCUUCAUGAUGUUCUACCGAGAUGUGAAGGACUGGUGGCUUUUUGGCUUCUAUUUCUGCCUGCCUCUGGCAUGCACCGGUGUCUUCUACACUCUCAUGUCCUGUGAGAUGCUGAGCAAGAGAAAUGGCAUGAGAAUAGCCCUCAAUGACCACAUGAAACGGCGUCGGGAGGUUGCUAAGACGGUGUUCUGCCUAGUGGUGAUCUUCGCCCUCUGCUGGCUGCCUCUCCACCUCAGCAGGAUCCUAAAGAAGACUAUCUAUGAUCAGACUGACCCCAACCGAUGUGAGCUGCUCAGUUUCCUCCUGGUCAUGGAUUACUUUGGCAUCAACAUGGCCUCUCUGAACUCCUGCAUCAAUCCUGUGGCUCUCUACUUUGUCAGCAGGAAAUUCAAGAACUGCUUUCAGUCCUGUCUGUGCUGCUGGUGCCAGAGACCGACCCUGAGCAUCACACCAACGGAUGAUAAAGGGUCUGUUGGGAAGUGGAAAGCCAAUGGGCAGGAACUUGGUCUGGACCGGAGCAGCUCCCACUUGAGUAACAAGUACAGCUCUUCCUAAAGAUACAUAAAUCAAUGGGGAGAGAGGGAGAGGAUGAGAGACAGCACCGCAAGAGAUGAAAGGAGACAUCUAUCUCACUCUCAGUCAUUUCCUGGAUGGGUCUGAAUCAUUCACCUUCAUUGUACAGCUGCUGGAAACAGCAGGAGCUUCACUCCACACUUUAACCCAACUCAGAGCUCAGCCAUAGCCUGGGCCAUAACUGCAACCUUAAACCUCCCUGUUCUUUCUUUCAUUUAUGACCUUUUCUGCACUCCUCUAAGGAUAAUUCGGUUUUUAAAUCCACAAAGAGAAAGAUGAGUGACCCUGGGACCAUUCCUCUCCAGCUAUGGGGCAAGGGGUGCUGGGAUUGAUCUCACACUGAAACUGACAAGGGACGUCAGCAGGGGAAGGUGAAUUCUCAUUUCCAGAUUUGAUUCAAGAACCCAAAGCAAAGCUGAUGCAGCUGCAUCACCAGCACUUCACCUUCCCCUCUUUGCUGCUGGGACAAUUGCUAGAAAUGAAAUUCACCCAGUGGCAAAGAGCCAGCACCAACCCUACUUACCACUUAAGUUCUGUUGGAGCCCAUUGGAUUCACAUUUCCUGCUGGCUGUUUACUCAGGGGAUGAAUUUCACCCUUUGUGUCUAUAUUGUAAUAAUGGCAAUGGCAUGUAUAUAAUAAAGCUUCUUAGGGGAUGUUA